AUGUGUUGUACAAGUGCUGGCGAAGUAGACGAAGAGAACCGGAGGAGACGUCAACGGUGGACGCGUGCUCACGCGCUGGCUCGUGGUACUGGUGAUCGGAGCUUCGAGUGGCGUGUAGGGCUCACGCGCGAAGAUUCUAAUUGCCGGAACUCAAGAUCGCCUCCCGGGGUUUGUUUGCCCGCGGGUCUCACGCUCGUGCUUGGAGUGCUGCUUACGAGAUUGGAGGAGCUGGAUGGCGAAGAUGCCAGACUUGCAGACUACUUUGAUUUGAUUGCAGGGACCAGCACCGGUGGCCUUAUAACUGCCAUGCUGACAGCUCCAAAUGAAAAUAAUCGACCUCUAUUUGCUGCCAAGGAUAUCAAACAAUUUUAUCUCGACCACUGCCCAAAAAUCUUCCCCCAAGAGAGGGGUAUAUGGGGGUCAAUUAGAAAGAUGUUGAGAUCAUUUACAGGACCCAAAUAUGACGGGAAAUACUUCAACUGGUUGGUAAGGGCUAAACUAGGAGAGACUAAAUUGCAUAACGCCCUGAGCCAUGUUGUAAUUCCAACUUUUGAUAUCAAACGUUUGCAGCCAACCAUUUUCUCUACUUAUGAGGUUAAAAGAUCUCCGUAUUUGGAUGCUUCGCUGGCUGACAUAUGCAUCAGCACUUCAGCAGCCCCAACAUACCUUCCUUCUCACUGCUUCGAGAACAAAGAUCAUGAGGGAACCAUUCGAGAUUUUCAUCUUAUUGAUGGUGGUGUAGCUGCAAACAAUCCGGCUUUAGUAGCAAUAACCCAAGUGACCAAACAAAUAUUUGAUGAAAAUCCUGAUUUCUUUCCAAUUAAGCCCAUGGACUAUGGCCGCUUUCUAGUGAUCUCAAUAGGCACUGGCUCACCAACGAUAGAGCAGAAAUACAACGCCGAAAAGGCAGCCAAAUGGGGUACAUUGGGUUGGUUACUUCAUGGUGGUUCUGUUCCAUUAGUGGAUGUGUUCACUCAAGCAAGCGCUGAUAUGGUUGAUUUCCAUAUUUCUGUGGUGUUCCGAGCACUUCAUUCUGAAAAAAACUAUCUCAGAAUUCAAGAUGAUUCAAUGAAUGGAAAAGAUUCUUCAGUCGACAUUGCCACAAAGGAAAACUUGGACAAGCUUGUGCAAAUAAGUGAAAGGCUAUUGAAGAAACCGGUUUCUAGGGUGAAUUUAGAGACGGGAUUGUCUGAACCAAUUGAAAAUGGUGGAACUAACGCGGAGGCUCUGAGAAAAUUUGCAAAACUACUUUCUGAAGAGAGGAGACUCCGAGAGACCAAAUCACCAAAAACCAACAAGGAAUUUGUAACUUGA